CAUGCACUGACAGGAGAACCUCACAACUGUUUGUUUCUCAACACUUUUGCUGGAAGUAUCAGUCCAUCCAGUCUGGGGCCACUUUGUGGAUUAUCUAUAUCUUAAGGAAUAUAAGAGUAUCCUACCUACCACCAAAAGACCCAUGUGGGUGGUAGAGAAGAUCCGCAUGUCAGUAGAGAGCUCUAUCUUGACUAUACCAUCAGCAGAACUCAGUUUUAAAAUCGGUGACAUCAUGUUGGGAGAAAAAGCUGACAAGUCCAAGAGGAUUUCCUGCUGUCCUAAUAUCAUCACACCUGACAACAUCCCAGAGUUCUGCAUCCCACCAACCAUCUUCUCCCUGCAGGAGAUGAAGAAUCCUGAGCAGAAGGGAACAGCUCGCAUUAUCAAGGUGUCUCCCUGUGAGAGGGCUAGCCCUGAAACAGAAGUGACAUUUCAUGAGCCGCUCAAUCCACACAUUAUCCAAGUAGAAAGUGUGGAUGAAAGCCCCUAUGAUGGCUGCAGUGAUGAGGAAACCACCAAUGCAGAUCCACAGAGCCAAGCUGCUUUAUCCCUUCCGCACCUGGCCAAAGCCCAGACCAGCUACGGCUUCUGCACCUUAUUAGAGAGCCCCCACACCAGAAGAAAGGAGUCGAUUUUCCAUUCUGAUCCAGGCUCCUCUCCUAUGUUGCUGCCCAGGAGUCGAUCCAGUAUGUGCUCUAAAGUUUCCCCUUCCAGCUCGCCUUCCUCUUCACCAUCCUCAUUCAGCCUUAACAGCUUGACUUCCAGGCUUUCCCCAAGAGGUUACACCCUGAACUGGCAGGCUCCUCUAGACAGUGACACAACUUCUUCCACUGAAUCCUCUCCUUUUAGCUCGCCGUUACUGAACAGGUGCCCCGCUAAGUCUUCCCUUUUUAAAGCACUGAGCCAUGAACUGCUGCUGUCAAGGAACAUGAGGAAGGCAAUGGUGUCCAGGAACAAUUCUCUGUCCACAGAUGAGGGCAGUUCUACAGACAACAGCCCAAAUAUCAUGAGGAGGGCAUCUGAAGGGUUAGUUGAAGGCCUGCCAAGCAGCUACAGCCUGGCACCACCCAACAUCUUCCCCAUGGACUUAACAUUGCAAAGAGAAAGGGUAAUGAAGGAAAGAAUGGUGCCCAUCGGAAAAGAUGGCAGUCUAAGACUCUCAGCAGAAUACUGUUCAGAUAACCAAAGACUACGGGUUCGUCUGAUCAGUGUUGAGGGCCUUUAUCCUCUUUCUGUAGACCCCAAGAUUAUCAACUGCAGUGUCAGCCUGUCUCUGGUCCCUGGAAAACUCCAGAAGCAACGCAGCACAGUCAUCAGAAAGAGCCGAAAUCCAAUCUUCAAUGAGGAUUUCUUCUUUGAUGGUAUCUCAGAGGAAGACCUCAGCCAGCGGUCGCUUCGCUUUAAAGUGGUGAACAAAAUGUCCACCCUGAAAAGAGACUAUCUCCUUGGCGAUUGUGAUUUGCUUCUUUCAAGCAUUAUAAUAUCUUAAAUCUAAGUUAUAUUUAACUGUUUUCUUAUGUAAUUAAAUAUUUAUUUAGUUUUUGUAUC